UGUCACGUGACCACAGAUUUGCGGAAAACGAAAAUGGCAGGACCGAGGUGCUCGGGAAAAGUGCGACUAACGGCUUUUAUUGCCAUUUUCUUCGCAUUUUUCGCUACAGGGAGCUCCACCGCUCAAGUGCCACUUCUAAUGUGGUCCAGUGACGGCUUACCACCACUGGCCUUGCCUGCAGCUGGUCACAUCAUAUCCAAUGACCAGUUGACUGCCUACCUCACCACUGCCUUAGGCUCGGGCCCCCACACUGUGCUGCUGUUUCUCCAGGACAAGUUAAGCAAAGAUGACUUCACAGUCUUUGGUGGAGUGUUUGGAAACAAACAGGAUAGUGCCUUUCAAAACCUUGAGGCUGCAGUUCAGACUUCUUCGUCAUCAGUCACACUUCCAGCCUUAGAGUGGUCAGGCUCCUCUGCCAUCCUGGCUCUGCUGCAGGAGAAGCUUGGUGUCUCUCCUUUGCUUGUAGACGCAGACACUCUGUCACAUCUGAGCAUCAACACAUCUGUCAGCAAUCUGUUGCUCAUCAAUCUUCCUUAUUGUACUGGCCUGCACAAGUCUUGCAAAGAAGUCCUGCAUAACAAUGAUGAGAUAAUUGGGGAAGUUCUUGGAAUCAUGAAAACCAAAAAUGUCCCAUACACUGCGAUAUACACAGGACUCCAGCCAUCUCGAGUAAUUUCAGAGACGUCUGUGUCUGACCAGUCUGUGGGCCGCUCCUUGCUCCAAGCAAUUGCGCCUGAUGUCAGACCCAUCAUGUUUAAUGUAUCCGGUAGUCCUUGCAUUAUGCUCUGGGCUCAGAAUCUCAACAUCAGCCUCUCAAGCUCUUCAGCGUGGAUCGACCUCGCUGCAGAAACACCUUCCUUGGAAGGAUCCAUGUGUAACAGCAGUAACUCAGUGCUUGUCCUCAAUUAUUCAUCGGGCUAUACACUAAGUUUUGCCAUGAGUCAGCGGUUCUAUCCUGUGUCUGCACGGAACUGGUUCACCCUGGACUCUGUGCAGCUGCAGUCCAACGGUCUAACUGCAUCUUUCAUUGGGAGGCGCGGCAUCUACGCCCCUGCAGAGUAUUCCUUCCACUGCCAGUCCGUUAACAGCUUCCAAGAUGCUCUGCUAGUGCCAAACAACACCAACCAAAACACAACUCAGUGGAGGCUCAAAUUUAUUGACUUCCAGAUUCAGGGCUUCGGUUUGGCAAACGGGACAAAUUUCUCCUAUGCCAAUGACUGUGCAGGGUUCUUCACCCCAGGGAUUUGGAUGGGGCUGCUGACCUCACUGCUCAUGCUGUUAAUUUUUGUGUACGGUCUGCACAUGAUCAUGCAGCUAAACACCAUGGAUCGAUUCGAUGACCCCAAAGGUCCAUCGAUUUCAGUGCCUCAGUCGGAGUGAAGCACUCUUCACACACACUCCUCAGUCUUUCAGUGCCUCCUGGUAGAUGGGCCUUUGAGGGUCCCUCUUUGCCAUAUAGCUUUUGUAUGUUUGGGCCUUUUUCUUUGAAAAUAUUUGUCAGACAGAUUGCCUUUUCUUCUGACAUUCUCACCUAUAGUUUUCCUCCCUGAAUCCUUCCAAAGCUGUAUUUGGGAUACUAUUAUCAUGAAAGGCACAUUCCAUUUCAUCUCCCCACAUUUGCAAGUGCCAAAAUGGAUGCACCUUUAUCUUCAUACAAGUUGAUUUUGAGUGCCUGUGCUAAAAGGUGUUUUUUGUGCCACUAUUGGCCAGACACAGUUGAUAUUUUCCCAAAAAUAAUUUGCACUCUUACCAGAGAAUGCCUUCUGUGCCAACAUGAAUGUCAUUACUGGAUGCUGUCAGACCUUUACAGACCUCAAUUCCUACUUUUUUUUAUGUUUCCAACUCAACUGUAAUUUAAAGACUACUGGUAAUGAAAGAAGUGCCUGUAUAUAAAAUGCGAUUGUUUGUGAAGUGUGUGAAAUUUCUGAAAUGUUUGCUGUUUUGAAAUUGCCUUACAGAAGUAUGCUAAUGCUUCCUCUUGGGCUUAGUUCUGUUUUCACUCAUGGUUAAAUCACAGAUGUACACCACUGCAAAGCUUUGUUUUCUCGACAGAUAAUUUAUUUAAUUUGCUUCAGGUUAAUUAACAAAUUUACUGACAGUGCAUCAGUUCUGCUUUUGUCAAACUUAUUGAUGUGCAAUUGCCAUGACAUGUGCAGUACAUUGCCUUUAAUUGCAAAUAAAGAUAUAAAUUAAUUGUGAA